GUGAGCGAGUUAAAAGAGGAAGAAAAAGAGGAAGACGGUGUAGAAAUACGGUGUAGAAAUACGAGCAGAGCGGUGCUUUCUGUCGUCUCUUACGUUACUGGACUUGUUGAAAGUUUGUUUACGUGAUGACAAGAGAACUAACACAGACUAGGAUCCAAAAGAUCUGGGUUCCAUCCAGGGAUGAGAAACAAGCAGUGCCUCGUAAAUCUAGUGGAGGUCCCGCUUUGGCCAACUCCCCGUUAGUCAUAGUGAUGGUUGGUCUGCCUGCCAGGGGCAAAACAUACAUGUCUAGGAAACUUACUCGCUACCUCAACUGGAUCGGCAUCCCAACCAAAGUCUUUAAUGUUGGCGAGUAUCGCAGAGAGACAGUAAAGAACUACAGCUCAUACGACUUCUUCAAAUCAGACAACACGGAGGCAGUCAAAAUACGAGAACAAUGUGCCUUAACUGCUCUCCAAGAUGUCAAGAUGUACCUCACUGAGCUGGGUGGUCAAGUUGCAGUUUUCGAUGCUACAAACACCACCAGAGAAAGAAGAGACAUGAUCCUGGAGUUCGGUGCUGAGAAUAGCUUUAAGAUCUUCUUCAUUGAGUCUGUAUGCGAUGACCCAAAUGUCAUUGCAACGAACAUCAUGGAAGUGAAGGUCUCCUGUCCUGACUACCAAGACUGUAACAAAACAGACGCCGUGGAAGAUUUUCAAAAGCGGAUCGAGUGUUACAGGGCAAACUAUCAGCCUCUGGAUCCUGAUGAUUUUGACAGGAACUUGUCCUUCAUCAAGGUGAUCGACGUGGGCCGCAGAUUCCUAGUGAACUGCAUCAAAGAUCACAUCCAGAGCCGCAUCGUCUACUACCUAAUGAACAUCCACGUCCAACCACGCUCUAUCUACCUGUGUAGACAUGGUGAGAGUCAACACAACCUGCAGGGCCGACUGGGAGGAGACUCGGGCCUCUCUACACGUGGCAGAAAGUUUGCUGGAGCUCUGGCCAAGUUUGUCUCAGAGCAGGAUCUGAAGAACCUUAAGGUAUGGACAAGCCAACUAAGGCGAAGCAUUCAGACAGCAGAGGCACUGAACAUCCCGUACGAGCAAUGGAAAGCCCUGAACGAGAUCGACGCAGGUGUGUGUGAAGAAAUGACCUAUGAAGAAAUACGGGAGAGAUACCCAGAAGAGUUCGCUCUCAGAGACCAGGACAAGUAUUAUUACCGCUACCCCACUGGGGAGUCCUACCAGGACCUGGUGCAGCGUGUAGAGCCAGUGAUCAUGGCGCUUGAGAGGCAGGAGAACGUUCUAGUCAUCUGUCACCAAGCUGUCAUGCGCUGCCUCCUUGCCUACUUUCUAGACAAGAGUGCUGAUGAGAUGCCGUACCUAAAGUGUCCACUCCACACCAUAUUGAAGCUGACUCCAGUGGCUUAUGGAUGUAAAGUAGAGUCCAUCUCAUUAAAUGUUGAAGCAGUAAACACACACCGGGACAGACCUGAGGAGAUAAAGGGAAGUCAAGGCACGUUAAUUAGGAGGAACAGCGUGACUCCUCUCACAAGUCAUGAACCCACCAAGAAGCCUCGUAUCGAUAGCCUAGAUGACACCGCCAUCCCUGAACUGGCUCCAGCACCGAUGAGCUUCUGUGCCAGUGCAAACAACUCCCUUGCUCUGUCCACACAGGACCUGAAACAUCACAUCACUGAGAAACAGGCCCAGCUCUGUCAGUGAGGUGGAUGAUGUCGCAUGACGUCGCAUUGCUUUGAUGACAUUCUGAUGGGAAUUGAAAGUAACUUGCAGUGUAGGACAAUCUGAGUCUCUCCAUGCAAGGACAAGGACAAAAAAUGGGCACUGAGGGACUUUAACACUCAAAGGGGAAUUAUGAAGCACCUGUGUGUAUGUAUGUGUGUGUUGUUGUGUGUAUGUUUCUAAAGCACACUGCCUCAUAGAUACAAAGUUCUUUACAUAUCUUUUUACUGUCUUAUGAUAAUGGUUAUUAAUUCCUGAGUAAUGCUGCUGGCUUUAGGGAAACUAAUUUGUUAUUAAUGUUAUAGUUGUGUUCAACAAAUGUAUGUUUAAUAAUGUGGGAACAUUUCUGUGAUGAAAGAGGUGUACGUAUGAUUUCCAUGUUGCUAGUUGUUAACUGGAAUCCGUUUGUCUUGACAGCGUAUUUAUGAUUGUUUAUUGCAAUGAAAAGGAGGUGACUUUUGUUUUGUUUUUUUAAUAACUUGAAGUGUGACUGAACAAAUUCCAUAGUGCCUAGUGCUUCGGCUUUCAGGCCGACAAUGCUUUCCGGGUCUAAUGAUCGACGAUCAUACUAUUUUCCUAUGUUUCUAAGGAGAAAGUGUCACAUAUGUAAUUUCCAUAUGCAGUUCAUGUAAACCAAAUGUUUACUGUUUGAAUUCCAUUGACCUCUUUAUAUAUUUCAUAGGCAAAAACAAGCUUUACUAUUUACUAUGUCAGGCAAGUAUUAUGUGUAGAAUUUAGUGAAGAUUUCAAUGCACUUUGAGGAGCCGUGGUUAGGCCCAAAUGCUAGUUAUAUAAACCUAACACAGUGUUGGUGCAAUGUACUUUAUUGCUCUUAAACACAGUAAGAGGUACUAUUUUCUUUUUGCUUUGGACUUGAAUACUGUGUUUUGUAAUGCUGUAUUUUUUUUUUCUGUUAAACUAUUUAUUUUUUAAAUACAACUUACAUUUGUAUUUUGAAUAUAAAGCACCCUUGUUGAGAUUUCUGCCAUACUUGCAUGUCUCUUUAACACAAUGUUAGAUAAGGGAAAAAAUGUAUUUGAUAGACUAAUAAAUAACCUGAAGGAAA